CGCGCGGGUAUGAUGGUGGUGCGGUUGAACCUGCGCGUGGCGCUGGGCGCGCUGUGCUGCGCCGUGCUCGUGCUCAUGCUGUUAUGGGCGCGGUGCGGGGAGCUCAGCCGGCCGCCAGUCGGUUCGAUGCUAUCAAACGCGUUGACCGAGCGAACAGAACGCGAUCAAAUCGAAUGUUCCAUCAACGGCGAAUAUUCGAUCGCUUGUCGCAGGGACCAGGACGAUGUGUACGUGCCGUUUAAUUUCAUAAGGAAAUAUUUCGAGAUAUAUGGGAAACUAACAUCAGUGGAUGGCGUCGAGAAAUUCGAAUGGUCUCACAGCUACAGCAAAAUCUACCACCCGAAGAAAAAGUACGAUCCGCGCGGCACCUUCGUUACCUUCGAGAACUACAACGUGGAGGUUCGGGACCGCGUCAAAUGCGUGAGCGGGACGGAAGGUGUUCCCGUCUCAACGCAAUGGGAGCCCAGAGGCUUCUAUUACCCAACGCAGAUAGCUCAAUUUGGCUUGUCACAUUACAGCAAGAAUAUAACAGAGCCUGAACCAAGAAUAAGGGUGUUAGAUGACAGCGAGAAGUACUUAGAGAACUGGAUUGUCAGUAAAGACGCGUCAUUGUCAAGGGAAUUUGAUGAUAAAGUGCGUUCGAAUGUUUUAAAGUUUUCGACGACGGAAUUAGUGUCGAGCCAAGUGUGGUUGAAAGUAAAUAUUAGCCAGGACUUCGUGUUGAGCGUGGAUGUGCUGUUGAGGCCGAAUUCUUCGGUGACGGUGGUGCUGCAGAAUAAGGAGAGGAAAGAGACUGCUUAUUUGCAUUAUGUUACGAAUACACAGAUGAUUUAUGCUCAGGAGGAGCACAUAUACUACGGCAUCGGUGCAGAUCCAAUAUGGCGGCGGCUGACACGCGACCUAAUCGUCGACAUGCAAAAAGGCUGGGCCUUGUUGGACAGGCCCAAGCGCAAGUCGCCACGGACCAAGUUCAAGAUAUCCAGCAUGAUCCUAAGCGGCAACGGCUCGCUCGACAACCUGACCAUAAGCACCAGCGCGCAUAUGGAGCAGUUCUACGCGGCCGCCUCAUGGCUGGUGCGGCGACAACGGGCCCGGAGCGGAGGCUGGCCCAUACCCGUGCGGCGCCGGGUGGCUGCAGGGGUCACUGACCUGCGGCCUGGCUGGCACUCAGCAAUGAGCCAAGGGCACGGCAUCUCGCUCCUCGCCAGGGCGUUCCACCGCAGCGGAGACGCUGCGUAUCUGCGUGCGGCUAAAAAGGCCCUUUAUCUGCUAGAUGUACCCAGCCACGCAGGUGGCGUUAAGGCCAUGUGGAUGGACAAGCAUGUCUGGUACGAAGAAUACCCGACCAAACCGCCGCUGUUCGUCCUAAACGGCUUCAUAUACACACUCCUCGGCCUCUACGACCUCCACGUGAUCGAAGGUGAGAACUCCAUUUCUCUCGCCAAGAAGAUGUUCGAUGACGGCAUGACGUCACUCAAAACAUUACUCCCAUUGUUCGACACAGGCAGCGGCAGCUUUUACGACCUGAGGCAUUUCACGAUAGGCGUAAGUCCUAAUAUUGCACGAUGGGAUUACCACGCCACUCAUGUGAAUCAAUUGUACUUACUAGCGGGGUUGGAUGAUGACCCAAUAUUGAUAAAUACCGCUAAAAGAUGGGAGGGGUAUAUGCAGGGAAAAAGGGCAGCUCACAAUUGAGCCAAAUUUAAUGUUAUUGGGUUGUAAUAAGAAAUAUUUUCUAUUGAAAUUGGUUUCUAUUACCUAUGGUAUUUCAUGUCAGGCGUCCUAAUAUUGCACGAUGGGAUUAUCUACUCAUGUGAACCAAUUGUACUUACUAGCGGGGUUAGAUGAUUGACCCCAUAUUGAUAAAUACGGCUUAAAGAUUGGGGUUUGAGCCAAGUUGAUAUUGGGUUGUAAUAAGAACUAUUUUGCAUUGAAACUGCUGCAUUCCUCGUCAGGCGUAAGUUUAUUGCAAAGAAAACAAAAGCAACUCUCUUCCAUUUAAUAAUGGUUUAAAUUUAAUUGGAAGUAAUUUGUACUAGUAUUAGGGCCAUGGGACGAUAGAGGUUAAUGCAGCCAACUCUUGCUAAUGGAAAUUGUGCGUUAUUGUAAAAAUAAAGCACGUAAUCGAAUCGUCGAUUUCGGUUUUAAAUCGGGAACAUUAUUGAACGAUUUCUAUGUAUAAAUACAGGUUAAUAUGUAUGCACAUUGUUAAGUAGUUUAUUUAUAUACACUGAACAAAUGCGAAAGACUAGUACUUGUAAUAAAAUAGCUACUAUUCAAUAAAGAUUUAUCGACAUAUAUUUAGAAUGAAUCUCAACUCUAUUAAGGUUUAGAGUUGGUAUUUGUAUAUUCAAUUUUCAACAUAUGUUAGUGUUGAAUUUGAUAAUGUAUAUGAAAAUGUCUCAAUCUUUUAUAUUCUGCGACUUCGGUACUAAAUAAAACAUGAAUAGCAUUUUAGAAAUGAAGAUGCCAAAAGACUGUUGUGGAUGGUGUUAUGCACGAAGUGAAUGUGAAGGCCAGCCACACUUACCCGUAUUUACCUUACUUGGUUGUUUUCUGCAUAACACUGUCUGCUGGGAAUCACUGGUGUACUUUUAUAGCAAACAAAGUAGUAUAAAAAGUAUUUCUAGUAGCUAUUGGUAGUUUUGACUUGAGUCGUUAGACCAAAUUUUCUGAGUAAAUUUAAAUUGUAGUACAGUAGAGAAAUUCGUUUGUUUACAAUCUUGUCCAAAUCAACUGGUGAAAGAAACGUUGUCCUUUUUUUCGUGUCUUUGUAUAACUACCGGGCAUCGUAAACUGCGAGCGAAAUCCAUUGAAGUACUAGGGUUGUUACUUAGUCAAGUCACGCCCACGCCCUCGCCAGACAAAGAAUGAAGGACUUUGGAACAGGCUACCUGGAACCAAAGGAAUUCAAAACGCUACCCAUAAGGUCCAUCAUCCGGCAUAUGGAGAUGGUGGGGAAAGCUCUUGAGUAGCGGACGGAUCUUUCCUAGAGGGUAACUGCACAAAAGAUCCCUAUGGGUCGAAGUGUAUCCGCAAGGGCCCCCGAAAUUAUAAGAUAAGAUAAGAUAGUCAAGUCAAAGUACGUCAUUUCAAUGGAUUUCGCUCGCAGUUUACGAUGCCAACUACAUAUACACACAACAUAUAGUUGUGAAUAAAUGACAUAUCUUUAAGUACGAUUUUAAGUUCAUGUAGCUCUUAAUGAAUAGUUGAAUAACUUAUUUUCAAUUAACGGACUUUGAAAAUGACAGUACUAUUUGAACACAAAACUAUUUCCAUAAGGCCCUUGGUAAACGUAAGGCUUCCUCUAACCAAAGAUACAUUGAUUGAGUAAGAUGCGUAAAAUCUAAGACAAUUUCCUGCUUCGAAUUUGACAGGUAAAGAUUGCGCUGUAAAGCUUCAUACGUUUUGCGCAUGGAAACUAUAUAAAGGAGCCAAAUCUCUAUGUACAGUCGAUGUCCAUCAAAAAACAGUCAUUAGGCGGCGCCACCGUACACCGAAAUACUACCAAAAACAAUACGUAGAUUUGGUCGGGUUAUUUGUUGCCUUAUAUGGUUCAUGUUAUACUCAUGUCCCAGAGCCUAACUAGCGCCACCGGAGAAAUUAGGAACUAUUAUUUACAGCUGAAAGCUGGUCACUUUUGCAAUAGUUCUGCCAUAAGAGAUUGUCGUCCUAUAGUUUUGCGGUAACUCUGAUUGUCAAAAGUUGACGUUUGACAACUGAAUUGAGCGCCAUCUGUUUUGGGUGUCAAACUAAGAGGCAUGUUUUUUUCUUAGAAAUUACAUCUCUAUUACAAUCGAUUAUCUUUACUCUAACGAACGCACAUAUUUUACCUCAAAUUGUUGUGACUUAUUUAUCCCGCUUAUUAUUC